AUGUUCCAGGCCACUGGCAAGCUAUAUGCCACCAGCAACUGGAACGGCAGUUUCAGCAACCCCAUCAAUGUCACUGCUAUAGACAUCAACGGCAACAACAGCAUUCAAUCUCUUCAUUACGAGCAUCUGGCUGAAGCUAACGGAGCCACUGCCUGGUACCCCGUAGGCUCCCCAGCCAACAGCAGCGAGGGCCAACAGAUCGUCUUCUGCGACGAAGGCGACCUGACUCGUCCCGCCCAAUUGGUCCUCGUAGAUCCAGCAACCAACAAGAGCCAAGUCCUGAUCAACAACUUCCUCGGCCGCAACUUCUCAUCCAUCAACGAUGUCAGACAGCACCCUGUAACCGGCGACCUCUGGUUCACAGACGUACCUUAUGGCUACUGGCAAUACUUCCGUCCCGCACCCGUCAUCAGAAACCAAGCCUACCGCUUUGAGCCAAACACUGGAGUGGUUCAAGCAGUUGCUGAUGACGCUUUUGCUCCCAAUGGUAUCGAGUUCUCGCCUGAUUUCAAGCAUGUGUAUAUUACCGAUACGGGUGUGCACACUUUCCCCAACAAGGACAACUUGACCAUGCCAUCAACGAUUUACCGCUAUGAUAUUACUCCUGACGGCAAGAGAUUGCAGAACAAGCAAUUGUUUGCAUACUCUGAUAUCGGAAUUCCCGAUGGUAUUCACUGCGAUACCAUGGGCAAUGUGUAUGCUGGCUGUGGCGAUGGCGUUCAUGUGUAA